UGCCACCAAGAUGUCUUGCUACGACCUGUGCCCACCGAAAACCAGCGUGGCCGUGCCCCAGCCCAUCGCCGAGAGCUGCAACGAGCUGUGCGACCGCCAGUGCCCCGACUCAUCGGCCCUGAUCCAGCCACCCCACGUGGUCGUCGGCCCCAUCCUCAGCUCCUUCCCCCAGCAAGCCGUGGUGGGCUCCUCCGGAGCCCCCGCCUUUGGGGGCUCCCUGGGGCUGGGGGGCCUCUACGGCGCCGGGGCCACGCAGGGCUCGGGGGGCCUCUGCACCUUUGGCAGACCCUACGCUUCUCCUGCCUGCAGCCCUUGCGCCUGGCCCCGCUACAGCAAGAAGCUCUGGGACACCUGUGGGCCCUGCUAGACACAGACCCAC